GUUUAUAUUUAACUGCGCAUGCGCGUGACUAAGUACCAACACGCUUCUCAAAGCCGAGGACAAACUUGAAUUGAGGACAAAGAUUCUUAUUUUAUUAUAAUAUUAUAUCAUUACAACCACGAGACACAACAGGAACAUGACCUAGGAUGCCGCCAGCCGUCUAUGAACGUGUCGUGGUGAAGAACUCUCCGGUGUACCAGUACAUGAAGGUUUCCCUGGUUCUGGAAAAGGCGCAGACUAAACUAACAGCAGUUGAGUUUAAACACCUGAUCACCACGGGUCUGAAGAGUCUCUACGGAGAGGUGGGAGCCGCAUUCCCCUUCGACCUUUUGACCUUUGAAGAGGACACCCUGACUGCAGUGCUCCGAAUAUAUAGCAGGGGUCUGGUACGGCUGUGGAGCUCUCUCACUCUGCUGGGAUUCUUCCAGCAGCAGCGCUGUGCCUUCAGGGUUCUGCAGGUGUCUCCGUACCUGCUGGCGCUAACCGGGAACAGCCGGGACCUGGCGCUGGACCCAUGAGGGGCUGCGUGUUCCAGGCGGUCCCGCGGCGGUGUGUCCACGUGGGCCAGCGCUCCUCGCUCACCAGGACCUUCUCCCCCCGGGACGUGGAGCUCUUCUCCCAGCUGACCGGCGACCGCAACCCCCUCCACCUGGACGCGGCCUACGCCGCCACCACGCCCUUCCUGCGGCCCGUGGUCCACGGGGUGCUGGUCAACGGGCUGCUCUCCGCCCUGCUGGGC